AUGUUUCAAAACAAUUCUUUACCUGCAUUUAAUUCUAAUAUAGGUCUUGUCGCUUUACGUCAUUUAAAAGAUGUUGCUGAUGUGGAAUGUUUUGAUUCCCAACCAGAAGCUGGUGGUCUAUGGCAUUACACUGAAACUUCAGAACUGACUCAUGCUAAUUUAGAAUCAGAUGUUUAUUAUAAACAAAACGGCUAUUUGCAUCCGAGCAUUCAUGAAGAAUUAAUUGCAAAUGUACCAAGAUAUCUUAUGCAAUAUAAAGAUUUUCCAGUGAAUGCUAUAGCAACACCAAUGUUUAUGUUACGCGACAAUUUUUUUAGCUACUUAUUAUCUUAUGCUUCACAUUUUAAAUUAUCAAAAUACAUACGUUUAAAUCGUUUGGUAUCAAGUGUUCGACUUGUCAGCGGGUUUCAGGAUAAAAGGGAAAAACAGGAAUGGGGAUUAACAUCUACCAAGAACGACCAUCGUCGUUUUGUUGUUAAAUAUUGUAGUACUACUAAAACUAGCAAAGGUGUAUCUCCCGUUGGUUACGCACAAUUUGAUUAUGUAGUUGUUUGCAGUGGACAUAAUUCAUUUCCAAUUGUACCAAAAAUUGAUGGUGCUGAAAAUUUUCAAGGUCUACAAAUGACAGCCCAUCAUUUUCGUAGUUAUUCAACACCUGAUUUCAGACACAAAAACGUUUUAAUUAUUGGUGCACGCUACUCUGGUCCAGAUAUGUUUAUACAAUUGUUAUUUAAUCCAUAUAUUGAUCAAAAUCAUGUCGGCACAAUCUAUGUCUCAGGUGAUGUAAGCUGCUUAGAAAAGUCAACAGAUUUUGCUCAUUUGUACGCGAGACAAAAGAUUAUAUUAAAAAAUGGUCGUGUUAAAUCAUUUGGAAAAACAAACGUUAUUUUUCAUGAUGAUACACAAGCUGAGAUUGAUCUGGUUAUCUAUUGUUGUGGUUAUCACUUUCGGUUUUCAUUUUUGGAAAAUGAAGAUAAACUAAUUAAUUGGUCCUUAAAUGAACACCUUGGAAAAUAUUGGGGACCUCUUUAUUCACGAAUGUUUUGUAUUAAAGAACCACACUUAAUAUUUAUUGGUAAUCACGAUCAUUCUAUAAUUAUUCAAUUAAUAAUGGAAAAACAAUGCAUUGUUGCUAAAAAGGUUAUUAAUAAUGAAAUUCAAUUACCAUCAAGCCAAGAAAUGUUAAAAAGUUUUCAUGAAGACUUAAGAAAGUAUUUAACAUUAAAUAAACCUCUGAAAGAUUACUAUCGUUUAGAUACAAGUGUAAAUGAUUGGUCGUAUAUUGAACAAUUGCGUCAAUUGGCAAAAAUGAAGGGUAACGAAAUCGUUGAUCAAACAUUGAAAAAUAUCGCUACGAAAUUUCUUGAAUUAGCUUCAGUUGGUAAUUGGUUAUCAUACAGAAAGUAUGAUUUUGCACAAUUAGAAUUACCCGGGUAUAGAGAUACAACAGACUUCUUAUAA